AUGAGGUCGGGAUGGGCAGCAGGGCUGCUGAGCGCAUGCGUGGGAGCGAUGAUGCUAGGAGACGGGGGAGAAGGAAGCAGAGCAAGUCCCGUCGCUUCCCCCCUCAGUUUGCCUUGCUUCGUCUUCCUUCCUGACACCCACCUGGAGCGGAACCUGAGGCAGAGGGUAUGCAGCCGGCCGAUAACGAUGAUGAAGGAGAGCAAGGGAGCGGGAGGGGGAAAGAAGAUCUCUGGCCUGAAAACAUUUCAGAGGGUUGAGAAGAGGAGGAGCGAUCCUAGAGAGGUGAAGGAGCUGAAGAGACUGAUGUCCUUCACCAGCCUAGCGGAUCUGCUAGCGACACUGGAGGGCUUUUACGACCAUGACAGAGGUGAGAUCCCCCCUCAGCAGGCGGUAGCUGCAUUGAAUCACCUCAAACGCCUCAAGAAGAUGGAUCAAUCCAACAAGCGCGGGGAGACGCUCGAAGAGAGGGAGGCGGUAUGCUUCCGGUUCUAUGCAGGGAUUGUGGAAAGGGGCAUUGGGAGGUUGUCUGCCAAACAUGUCGCGCUGGCUCUGAAUGCAGUGAGGGAGCGAGACGGAUACGAGAGGAUGUUUGAGCUGUCAGACAGAAGGAUCCGAGUCCUCGCCCAGCAAGCGCUGAUGGACAACAAGAGCAAGGUGGAAGCAUACUUCGAUUCGCAGAACGUGGCCAACAUUGUCAACGCAUACGCAUCAGCAGGCUACGUGAAGAAAGAGCUGUUUGAGCUUCUUGCACAAGUCACUCUUGCCAUGAAGCCUACCGACUUCACCCCGCAGUCAGUCGCCAACAUCCUCAACGCGUUCGUUCGCUCGGGCGCUGGGAACAAGAACUUGUUUGAGUUUCUCUCGCUGGUGGCGCUGAGCCUCGAGCAGAACGACUUUUCUCCCCAGCACGUCUCCAACAUAGUGAAUGCGUUUGCCAAGGCGGAGAUCCACGACCAGGUUCUCUUCCAGAGGAUGUCGAAGAUCGCUCUCUCCAUCCCGCAGGAAGCGUACUCCAUGCAGUCCAUCGCCAACAUCCUCGGAGCUUUCUCACACUUCAACAUCGAAGAUGCUGAGCUCUUCCGCUACCUGGCGAACUCGCUGGGGUCAGACCUGGUCGUGAACGAGAAGGACAACUCGAGGCAGGACGUGAGCGAGGUCAGGGCCUCGAGCCCCUUCCGGGAGUUCGGCAUGGCCACGUUCGCCAACAUCAUCAAGAGUCUGGGGAGGGUGAAGUACAAGGACUUCAAGCUCUUCAAGUACUUCACCUCGGUCAUCCUCUCCUCUCCUUCCAACCUCUUCGACGCCAAGACCAUCGCCGACAUCGUCUCGAGCUGGGUGGUAUACGCGGAGUCCUCCCUGCAGGAGAAGGGGAGGACCUUGGAGGAGCAGGACGACGAGCUGCUCCGACACAUGUGCUCUGUUGCCCUCUCCCUCUGCAUCCGGACCAAUGGACCGAAUUGCAUCUCAGAUGCUGUACUGAUGCUCCCAGCGUUCAGCAAGGGCCCGACUAUCUACUGGAUCCAAGAACUGAUGAGGCAGUACUCUAGGAGGAUGCAAGAGCAGGGCAUGCAGGAACUUGACUCGUUCAGCAUCUCCAACCUGCUCGUCCUCGUCUCCGUCUUCUCUAAGUCAGAGAUCAGCAACACAGGGAUCGACAAGCCGCUGUUCCUCUUCUUCAGCUCUGCCCUCCAGCAGAUCCCCCCUGAGGUAUGGGGCAGCGAGGACGCUAGAAGCGCCUCCAUCAUCCUCAACGCGUUCGCAAAGAUUCUCCCAGAGGACGAGCUGCUCUUCGAUAGCAUGGCAACUCUAAUCAAAUCCUUUGAGGUUGAAGCUUUCGACGCCCAGUCGCUGGCUCUCAUUGCCAACUCCUUGUACCGACGAUCUCAGACGCAGCGAACGAAGGCGGUCAAGUCGCUCCCAGGGUUCGAGAGGGAGAGGGAGAAGGACAAGUGGAGGUCGGGAGAGAGAGGGUUGAGGAUGAACGUGGAGAUGUUGUACGCCGAUGCUGUUGUUGCGGAGGACAAGGCUCCUGUAGGCGAGCAAGGGAAGGGAGCCUUCAUCAGCAGCAGGAACGUGCCGGUGUACCAGGGGGUCAAGUUUCAGGACGCGAGCCUGUUGAGCGACGAGUACCUCAAGGAAUUCUACGAGUCCUUCCUAAUGAGCUCGAAGAAACGGGAGGCGAUGCAGGAGGAGCGGAGGGAGGAAGACGUGUUUGAGUUCCUCGCUCGCGUGUCGACGAGGAUCAAGAUAGAAGACUACUCCCCCGUCUCCCUCGCCCUCCUGUCAAACUCCCUCUUCAGAGAGCUGGAGGAUAUUCCACGUGAAGUGAUUGAGCAUAUCGCUCGUGCCAUCUUGUUUCGCCCGCCGAACGAGUUUGAUGAGCAGAACAUCGCGAACAUCGUCAACGCAUUCGGCAGAACAGUUCCUACGGUUGACGAUGUUGUUGUUGUUGUUGUUGUUGAUGAUGAUGAUGAUGAUGAUGAUGAUGUUAUUGUUGUUAUUGUUGUUGUUAUUGUUGUUGUUGUUGUUGUUGUUGUUGUUGUUGUUGUUGUUGUUGUUGAUGAUGAUGAUGAUGAUGUUGUUGUUGUUGUUGAUGAUGAUGAUGAUGAUGAUGAUGAUGUUGUUGUUGAUGUUGUUGUUGUUGUUGUUGUUGUUGUAUGA